CUAACUGACUAGUCGUCAAAUUAUUUCGUACAUCGUGUGCUCGAUAUUAUUUUGGUUGUAAAGCUAAUAUAUAAGCGAUUUUGAAGGCAGAUAAUUUCUAAAAUGGAUUUAAAUCUAAUGGAUAAGCUGCGAUUGCUAAAAAUUGACACGGAAUUACGGCCUCAGAUAAAAAUGAAGCCCAUGAGCCGCUACUACUUCAUCACCUCCACCAACCCUGGCGAGCAGUUCUUUGUGUUCGCGUCGACCGCUGCUUGGCUCAUCAGAAAGGCUGGGAGAGUAUUCGAACAGCCACAAGAAGAAGACGACCCUAACUCAACCAUAGCCAACAUCAUCGAAGUUUUACGAGAAAAACAAAUUACGGUAGAUUUCUCUUCACACAAACUUAAACAGGGCUUCGGAGAAGAGGUCAGCUACAUACUUAACAUAUUAGCUGACGAGGCCAUGAAACAAGAAAACUUCGUCUGGCAGCAACCGGUUAUAAACUUAACUGAUACUGAAGAAACUAUUGACGACAUAGAUCAAGUGGAAGACGAAACAGAAAUAACGCUAGACAAGGUCGAAGAAGAAAUGGCGAUUUAUUCUGAAGAAUCUGAAGGCGAAUUUGGAAGUGAAGACGAAAAAGAAUCGAGUAACGUGGCGGAUAAGGUUCACGAUUGGGAAGCGUGGAAACUGGAGCUAGAGAGAGUCGCACCGGCUUUAAGGUUGAAAAUAACUGCUGACGGAAGGGAUUGGAGGGCGCGACACGCGCAAAUGAAAACUUAUAGGGAUGAACUAUUUGAUAGAUUUAAAACUACCGGGACACAGCUCAAUAAACUCCAUGGCAACAUAAGUUCGGCUAUGGAUAAAAUAGCAGCUAGAGAGAAUAUCUUGAAUGAACAAUUCGAGCCCUUGGUUAAAGAAUAUGGCGCGCUUCUUGAUGAACUGGGUAAAGUGAGUAAUGAAUAUAAAGAAGUAAGCGUAGGCGUCACAGAAAGGCAGGAAAUGCUGAAUGAACUGACAGCUAAAGUGGAGAAUAUCAAGCAAAGAACGGAAUCUAAGGGAUCAUCGAUGAACGAUAACUCUCCUCUGGUUAGCGCAAAGAAAGCUGUCGCGAAUUUGAAGAAGGAUGUACAAGAAUUAGAUUUUCAGAUAAUUGUCCUGCUCUGGUUGUUGACUACCAAGGAAAAUCCUAAUAGCAACAAUUUAUUAGGAAAUGUGGAGUCUAGAAUGGUGACCAAUGAAGUAUACUGAAAUCUAAUUGAUACAUAAGCUAAAUGGACAAAUAAAAGGUAAAUAUGACAUUCCUGAUGUGGUAUAAAACCCAGGACAAGAUUUUAAAAUUAAUUAAAAAUACAUGAUUAUAAUAAUACAUUGCAUUUAUUGUGUAUUAUAAAACUUAAACUAAAACAACGAUAAAAAUGACUUAAUACAAUAACUUUACGUUAUAAAAUACUCUUUCGCAUUUGUUUUAGAGAUUUCAUUUCGAGAUCGAGAAUUUGAUCACUUAAUCAUGAUCUUCGUAAUAAUUCUUGAAAUGAAGCAUCUAUUUAUACUGUAUACUGUAACUUAUCUUGACUUAGGUAUUUGGUGUUACGCUUUCAUAAAAUAAAUCACUUUUGUAUAGCUCCAAUUUGCUACUAUGACUCGUACAGAUAAAAAUAACAACAACUUGUAAUACGAAAAUUACUCAUCAAAUCUUAUUAUACAUCGUAACAAUCUCUCUUACAAUAUUAAUAAGUAUGUAACUAAUUUAACAUUUGAAAGUACUUCUUUGGAAUAACUAGUUAUAAAAAUAUAAUUGGUAUAAUUGUCAUGGUAUUUCAUUCAUUCAUAUAGGGAAUGUCGCCUUUAAUAUAACGUUAUAUACUGAUAGGUAUCCAGAAGUAGGGUAAGUAAGCUGGCACCACUUAAAAAAAAACUGGAUUCAGAGGACCUAAUACCGCCAAUAUCGAAAAUUGUUAUCUGCCUCUUUAUCGCUCUUGCUUAUUCGAGUGACAGAGAGACAGACCCGAUGUCAGAUCAUAAAAGCUUGUUUUUGACGUCUUGACUUCUUUUAUACGCAUGCAUUAAUAUAUUGUUGCCCUUCCUGCAUAAGGGUGGUAUUCCACCUGCCCAAUGUCAUUGUGUCUCCCUCUUUCAUGAAGCAAAAUGUG